CUAUUGCCGUACUAGCCCGUGGUUCCUCAGAGACCAGCGGUUCUGGUUCGGUAAUUCGAGGUUUUGAAAAGCACGCCAGCCACUCACACCGCCGGCUGCGGGCAAGACUCCGUUAUACACCAGUCCGAUCAUAUAGUUCUACCACCCGCGGACCAUCCCCCGAUGUCUCCGGUUGAAGUCCUUUCUGCCUUGAACCCACUCGACCACUUCAUUUCACGCAACUUCCAAAAAUUUUCUGGACAUUCAGACACCUCUUUUGACCCUGUGGUCAAGGACCUACCAGCGCUGAUUGACGUAGCAACCAAUGACCCUGCUGCAGACAACCGGCUAGAUGAUGAGAAAAUAUUUUCUUCCCUACCGCCCCUUUUCAGGGGACACCCCGAAAUCCAUCUUCGGAAGGGCAUCAUAGAUGCCGCAAUGCUAGGGGCGACGAGCGAGGUUGAUGCAGAAAGAGCCUUUUUCGUCGCUGAUCUUAGCCAAGUCUUUCGCCAACAUGAGCGAUGGAUGAAGAAUCUUCCAGAGAUUGUCCCACACUACGCGGUCAAGUGCAACCCGGAUCCAUACAUUAUAAGGCUUCUCGCUGCUUUGGGGGCUGGCUUUGACUGCGCAUCCAAUGGAGAAAUCUCUCAGGUCCUCAGUAUCGGUGGCGUCGAUCCAUCGAGGAUCAUUUUUGCCAACCCGUGCAAAGCAACUUCUUUCGUCCGGAGCGCUGCAAAAGCCGGUGUUAACCAUAUGACUUUCGACAAUGCCGAUGAAUUGUAUAAAAUUGCGCGUGCGCACCCGGGUGCCAAACUUAUCGUCCGUAUUCUCGCGGAUGAUUCCAAAAGUAUCUGUCGAUUCGGUAUCAAAUUCGGAGCACCCCUUGAGGUUGUUCCCAGCCUCUUGUCCAAGGCUAAGGAGCUCGGGCUAGAUGUGGUUGGGGUCAGUUUCCACGUUGGGAGUGGAUGUUAUGACCCAACCAUCUACGGGGAUGCCAUCAGGCGUGCCCGCGACGCCUUCCUUAUGGGGGCGCAAGCUGGUUACAAAUUCACUCUACUUGAUGUCGGCGGCGGGUUUGAAGAUGCGCGAUUUGAAACCGCCGCAUCUGUUUUGGCCGACGCCAUCAAUCUAUACUUCCCUGACCGAAAAGGUAUCAGGCUAAUUGCGGAGCCUGGCCGUUUUUAUGUGUCCAGAGCAUUCAGCCUCGCCGCCAACAUCAUCGCACGCAGGGCGCCGAUGAACGAGAUUUCUUUGGAGCCACUGGAUCCGAGGUCAACUUCGGAUGAACCAAGCGUCAUGUACUACAUCAACGAAGGGGUGUACGGCGCAUUCAACUGCAUCAUGUUUGAUCACCAGACUGUGAACCCCUACGUCCUUUCCCUUAAAGGGUCAUUCCAUGUCUCUUCUUCGGAGCCUUUGUCCCUCUGCAGUUUAUGGGGGCCGACGUGUGACUCUAUUGACUGCGUGUGCAAGGCAGUUGAAUUGCCAAGCGCUCUUCAGAUUGGGGACUGGCUUGGCUUUGAUAACAUGGGCGCAUAUACGAUAUGCGCAGCGAGCCAGUUCAAUGGAUUCAAGUUCAGUAAUGUGGUUUAUACUACAAGCAAAGUUGGUGGAGACGAGGUUCGGCGCGCAUUGUGCAGCUUUGCUGCGAAAGGAUAUGGACACGGUAGUGGACCUUACUAGAUGCAGUAUAUAAGGA